AUGUCUUCCGAGACGGCAUUCGAUAUUUCGUCGACCGGUGUUGCUCCCUCAACCAUUCACGACGGCGAGCUCUCUGGCCAAGAGGAUUUUGAUCCCUGCUUCAGCUCUGUUUUGUCUUCUGAUUUCGAGCCUGUGGUGUGUACUCCUCCCUCCGAGACGGAGACGUUUGAAACUGUUCAGAACGGUCGGGCUGUACCUGCUCCUGGUGCCGGCGUCAUCAACUUGGACGUUCCUACGUUCGAUGGGACUGGAUUUGCGACCGACUACCUGAGGGGCCUGAAGGCCAGAUCCAUGCUGGCGGGCUUCACUGAGAAGGAUGACCGAGAUUUGAUUGAGCACACACUCUUUGUCGAAGGCUUGAAGGGCAGCGCCAAGGUUUGGUAUAAGACCGAAGUCACGAAAGAAAUACGAGCCAGUUGGGAUGGACUGAAAGAAGCGUUUGCAACCCAAUUCCACGAAAAGACGGCACAUGAAGAAGAAACUGAGCGUCUCGUCUAUGAGAUUGUUCACUUCAAAAGGGGCCCAAUAGAGUCUCUGCGCGAUUUUUUACUGAGGGCCGAUGCUUUAAUGGAGCGCAUUUACACAAAAGACCAUGAACGCAUGCUAUGCCGCAGCUUGUUCAGCGGUCUGUGGGAAGGUGGAUACGAAAGCCCCAUCGCAAGUAUUAUUCGGGAGUAUCUGGCAUCUCGCCAGCUGUUGGACAAAUCGGGCCAGAUGGUGAGCAAGGCUUGCACGUACUCUGACAUGUUGUAUGCCUUUGUGUAUGCAUCGAGGUAG